AACGUAUAUUUCUUGGCCAACGUAUUGAAACCCCAAGAGAAUGUCGAAUGAAUAUCGUGCAGUUGACGGAAGUUCUACUUUGAGUUGUUCAAGAAUUCUGCUUCAACACAGAGUAGCCAAUGGACAUCUAUGAUACCCGAUAUUUUCGAGUUAACAAGCUGCUACUGUCGUGUCUUGGCUUGUGGCCGAUACAGUCGCCGUUACAAAAAAAUACAUUUUACUAUUGUGCAAUACUUGGUAUACUUAUUAUACUCUUGCCGCAGAUCGCAUUUUUAUUCAAUUGUGUGAGAGGUUUGGACGAUGUUUACGAUGUUUUGCCACUUUUUAUUGGCGCAUGGUUGUGCUUGUUGAAAUUAACUGGUCUCCACUGGCAUACGGAAAAGUUUAGGGUGUUGAUUGAGCAUGUGCGUUACGAUUGGUAUUUAUUGGCGAAACAUCGUGAUAUGAGGAUUUUAAUAGAAUAUGUCGAGGCGAGUCGGAUAUUCACACUGGGUUAUUUAAUUUUUACAAGCACGAGUACAACAUGUAUGGUGACGACGCCAUUCACUAUGCCAUUACUCGAUAUCAUACUGGCGUCAAACGUAACGAGACCGAAGCAAAUGCCACAUCCGACCGAAUUUUUCUUUGAUGUGGAAAAAUAUUUCUAUAUUCUUCUGGCAAUUACGUUUGUAGGAUACGCUGUGUGUGCUACAAUAGUGAUUGCAAUCGAUUCCAUCUAUUUCGCGCUGCUGCAACAUGCCUGUGGUACACUGGCUAUACUGAGUGGCCGUUUAAAAAAACUAGCUGUAAACGAUAAUUCGAAAUUUAUGGAUCACAAUUCAGUAUCUAAAGAAGAGAGCGAUGUUAAGAACUUGGUACAAUGUAUACAGUUGCAAAUCAGAGUAGAAAGACUAAUCCACUUAAUUGAAUCGACGUUUGCGAUAUGUCUUUUUACCGAUAUUGGGGUGGGAAUUCUACUUCAAUGUUCUGCAUGUGUGAUGAUUGUGACUCAUACGGAAUUAGUGAGAAACGGUCCUCUCCUGGUUCUUCAAUGUACUCGAUUUUUCUGUAACAGUUGGAUUGGACAGAGGAUAAUAGAUCACAGUUCUCAGAUUUCUGUUGCAGCAUAUAAUGGAUUGUGGUAUCAAACAUCUUUGAAAACAAAAAAGAUGUUGCUAUUUCUAUUAAUGAAAUGUCAAACUCCAUAUCGCAUAACUAUGGGGAAAUUAUAUGUAAUUUGCUUAGAAAGUUACACCAUGCUGAUGAAAACGUCCGCUUCCUAUGUUACGUUAAUGGUAUCGUUAAACUCAGACGAUGACAUGUAAUUAUUUGCCAUCAGUGGAAUGUGGUUUGUUUCGUGCAUCAUAUUGUCAAAAGUAUAAUUAUAAAUCAAAAUAUUUUUGUUCUCACACACAUUAUCAAAAAUAUUAAUACCUGAAAAAUUUUCUCAUUUUUGUUAUUUCUCAUUACUUCUCAGCUGAUAUGUAAUUAAGCACCUAUCUUAAUAAAUAUAAUUUUGUUUAGAAAAAUUUCGUUUCUAACACGGUCGUAUAUACAGGUUUGGAAACGACAUCGAAAAUUCAGUCGUGGGGAUGUCUCCGUUAAGGAGGUAGGUUUUCGUUCACGCUAUUGUCACUGUGCGUCAAGUAGUAAAAACGGGAACGUUAAGAGAGU